ACCACCAUCUGCCCAGCUUAUGCAACCUGCACCGACACUCCAGAAAGUUACUACUGCACUUGCAGACAAGGAUUCCUGUCCAGCACCGGAGAGACAGAGUUCAGGGGCUCAGGUGUGGAAUGCAAAGAUAUAGAUGAGUGUUCUCAAAACCCGCGACAAUGUGGUCACAACUCAAUCUGCAAAAACCUGCCAGGGAGGUACAAGUGCAGCUGUUUGCGCGGUUUUUCAUCUCCUACUGGAAACAACUGGAACCCUGGAAAGCCAGGUCGUUUCGCCUGUACAGACAUCAAUGAAUGCCUCUCCAGUGGAAUCUGCCCAGAGCAUUCUGAGUGUUCCAACUCCUUGGGAAGCUACAGGUGCAGCUGUCGUGCUGGGCUCUUCUCUAACAACUCCGCCUGUGAAGAUGUGGAUGAAUGUGUGGAUCCCAGAGCCUGCCCAGAGCAUGCGACUUGCCACAACAGCCCUGGAAACUACUAUUGUUUCUGCAACCCAGGAUUUGUUUCUAGAAGUGGAAACACGAGAUUCCUCGGUCCUGGAGGGACAUGUGAAGAUAUAGAUGAGUGUUCUCAAAACCCGCGACAAUGUGGUCUUAACUCAAUCUGCCAAAACCUGCCAGGGAGCUACUUUUGUACCUGCCACCAUGGCUUUGCACCAAGCAAUGGACAGCUGAACUUCACAGACCAAGCAGUGGGAUGCAGAGGAGAGCAGAGGUUCUUUGCAGAUAUUGAUGAGUGCUCCCAAGAUCCAUCACGGUGUGGUCCCGAUUCUGUCUGCACCAACGCCCCAGGCUCCUACAGCUGUAGCUGCGUUGUGGGCUUCCGUCCCAAUCCAGAAGGCUCCUGGAAACAUGGCAACUUCAGCUGCGAAAUGGUUCCCUUCAAGUGUAAAGAAGAUAUGUUACCCAACAAUGAGCAGGUCCAGCUAUGCCAAGAGAGAGCAGCGGUGGAGCCUGAAUAUGUUUCCUUUUGUGCACUAAUGAACACCACCUUCAGCAUCCUGGACGAUGCCUGUGAGGACAAAUCCACCGUCGUUUCUCCGAAGAAUACGGCUGAGAGUGUUACCUCUGUGCUUAAGCAAACGUCCACGUGGUCCACCUUCACCAAAGAAGAAACGUCCACCCUGGCCAUAGUCUUACUGGAGACCGUGGAGAACACCACGUUGGCAGCGUUCCUGAAAUCCUCAGAGAAUGUCAGUCAGUCUAUUCAGACGGAACGCCUAGAUAUUAAGACCCAAGUUAUCAACAAAGAAUGCGCUGAGGAGAACACCAUCUUUAACUUGAAAGCCAAAGGCGAUGAGAUGAAGAUUUGGUGCUCCACAAUUGAAGAAUCUGAAUCCACAGGGACCACUGGGGUGGCAUUUGUCUCCUUUGCGGGUAUGGAGUCUGUUUUGGAUGAGAGCUUCUUCCAAGACCCUCGGACCUUCUUGGGCAACUCCAAGAGGAAGCUGAAGAUGAAUUCUCGCAUCGCUGGGGGCAUCAUGACCGGGAAGAAGAAAGAUGGCUUCUCCGACCCAAUCAUCUAUACUCUGGAGAACAUCAAGCCAAAGCAGAAGUCUGAGAGCCCCAUCUGCGUUUCCUGGAGAACAGAUGCAAAGGGUGGUAGGUGGACGCCAUCUGGCUGUGUGAUGCUUGAAGCUUCCGAGACGCAUACUGUCUGCAGCUGUAAUCGAAUGGCGAACCUGGCCAUCAUCAUGGCUUCUGGGGAGCUCACGGGUUAA